AUGCAAAUUUCAUGGAAAACGUGGCCGCAAUGGAGUUUCUUGCCGGAGCCCAACCCCUCCAAACAAACCGUACACUCACGGCCGCUCCCCGUAACCACCGUCGGCAUUUGGUUGACCAUGGAUACGCCAUCGGAAGUUGACUUUUCGGGCAUAGUCAAGGCCAAAUCCAGGUCAAACAAUUCAUCCAUGGCGGUCAACACAACAUCGUCACGGCGGCGCAAGUUUGAUGUGAACCGGCAAUUUCUUGACUUUUUUUUAGUUUCCAAGAAGGGCGACAGCGAAUUGCUCUUUAUCACACCA